UAAACGUCCUGGGAUCUCAUGCCUUGUAAAACUAGCAGUAAACAUGGCUUUUAGCUAAGCUGCUAUGGAAGCAAAGGCCGCAAGCAUCUGCCGAACUCGUAUUAUCAUGGCAGAGGGAAGACUUCGAUCCAGUCAUUUGAUUGUGCCAAGCUACCCACCGAUUUCGGCCGCAGAAGCCCCAAAGUGGACAAGAUCUGAAACAAACACAACGCCACAUCGGUCUCCUCGUGACACAAACCUGCGGAUAACGCUGGAGAGACCCACUCCUAAGUCCAUGCAAAUAACCCUGGUUCUCGGGUGGCUGGUCUGGGGUGGAGCGGAAGCGAUGGUAUUAGCGCCUUCUUUAUUCGGACUGCAGGCGAUCCUACCAAGGAAUGCAGUUGGAUAUUGACGCAAGGGGUAGCUGCAGAACUUAGGUGACUUGAGAUGGCGAGAUGCAUAAGGCGUGCUUGGAGUUGAGCCAUGGAUGGACAAAUAAGUUGCAGAAAUGAGUAGAGAAGAGCGGUGAGAGGCGGUGAGUGGAAGUAGAGAAGGAU